AUGGCAUACGAACAGCCAAAGGACGGACACCGGUACCCGGAAAGGCAUAUCAGCCCAUCGACAACAGCAGACCAUGUGGACGGCCAGCCCGUCUUGAGAAUGCGCAGACAAAGCCAAAUGUUCAAAGACUUACCCGGCAAUGCGCAGAAACAGCAAAGCUGGCAUAGCUUAUCACGAUUUCCCCGGAGCAUUGGUACGCAGAAACAGCAAGGCUGCAAUUUACAACGAUUUCGCCGCGGCGCCUGUACGCAGAAAUAG